UGGAAAAAAAACGCUACUGUUCCGACAUCACCAGUCGCCAUAAUAAUGAUUGCGUAAAUUGUAAUGAUCCCCUAAAUUAUAGGAAUGUGUAUUUUGUAUAAAUUACAUGGAAGACAGUUGUCAUGAUUGUUGUGAUAGGCUGCCGACUGCUGAGUGCGAGUACGUGAUGAGGGAUUUUAAACCAGUAGUUUUAUUAUGGGGGAAGAGAGUGGGAGCAUGAGAGAAAGAGAGAGAGGGAGAUGCGAUAACAACGUUUUCCCUGUUCAUAUUUGACUCGGUGCUUGUCAUUGAACACCGACAGACUCACUCAGCGCGGGAAAGAAAGUCCACACAUUAAGAUCGACAUUAAAAGACACUUGCCAUCAUUUGCUGUGCUCUUAUUGGCUCUUCAUUAGUUGGUCUUUGUCUUGCAAUAACACUGCAGGACUGUGUUCCAAAAAUCCCGACACCGGCAGAACGCUGUUGGUCAUCACAGAGGGCAUCCAACCCUCUGCGGAAAACUGAGUAAAACAUUUUGCUGGAACGAAAACACAGAACUCAGCUAGAUAGAGCAAGAUACAAGUGAAAAAAGAGCAACCGAUGCUGUAUGAAGCUGUGUGAUGGAGGAAUAGCUGAAGAGGAACCGAAGUGAUAAGACUAGAAGAAAGAAUGAAGACCGAUGGGAAGCGAACACUUCUUCGUACCAGUUGUCAUUUGAAUUAGUGCAUCACAAUCAGGCAACAUGAUUGACAGGCGACUGCUCCUAUUGAUGUCCCUCUGUCUUGUAGGAGGCGCGAGUGUCACUAAGAUUGUUCAGAGGAGGGGAGUGAGUUCAGUUCACGCCCAGUUGCAUGGGGCAACUGACCAGUGGGAUGGAAGUUUGGAGAGGAAUGGAAAUACAAUGACGAGACUCAAAGAACUGAUCAGUCCUGAGAGCAUUGAAGAGCAAAUUACAGCUCACCAGAGCCUUGGGGCUUCUGCCUUCAAGGAAAAUUUUAUUGGGUUUAAUGCUAAAUCACCUGUGCAAACACAUGAAAACUCUGAUGAUGCGGAUGUAAAACUACAAGCCGUAGACGGCUCUAAAGAUCUGUUAGAGCUGAAAAAGAGCAGAAAUAACACCAGGAGAAGUGAUGUUUUUUCUAAAAAUGGACAAACUGAUAAAUGGAUCCCAAUGCAUCACAAGGCAGCAUCUGGCUUGCACUUUAACAGAACCAGAUUUAGAAAUCUUUCAAGAUCCAGAAUGAGUUUGAAUUGGGCCAUUCACACUACAGCGGGUACAAAGGUAGUCACUCCAGAUUCACCUCGGAAAUUGAACCUGACUGGAAGCUAUGGUGUAUUAAAACUAAUAUCUAAAGACAACCUUGUGCGGAUUGUAAAUUCCCAGCUUCAGAGUGUGCCAGGUCUUAUUAUUCCAAGCAAAAUUAGUCACAGUAGGAAAAGGGAUUUGAUCAACAUGGAUCACACCCAAAUGGAUGCGGUCAAAAUGAAGAAGCAAGAACUUUAUAACUCGGAUAACCAGACCCUUACAAAUUCCAGUCUCAAUCCAGAUCAAACUCUUCACACUCUCUGGAGGCCACAUAACGGAUUCAAUCUGGAUGUAGGCGAGGGGGAUCGAAAAACUGAGAUAAGAGGUGCAGCCGGCACUGCUUCGUGGAAGUACAAACACUUCACGACUCGCAUAGCUUCAACUCCCCAAAGCGAGGUCAUGCCCAGCACAGAGACAAAUCCACUUCCUGGUCAGACUGAUGCUCCCACAGCGUUUCAUAUGGGCAUAUCACACACUUCUUCUCACAUGGACUCGGGACAUCUGUCUGGCGACACUUUAAGCUCUCUAACGGAGAGGACUCUUGAAGUUAAAAGGGAAUUAGAUCAGAGUGCUCAUGUCCCUUUCAGUGUCACUCAGAAUCCAUUGAUUAAAAUUCCAGAACCUGUUGAAGGCAGCCAUGUCCUAAAACUACCCCCAGAUCCACAAUGGAGGAGAACGGGUUCAGAGGAAAGUGGAGGAAUGACUGUGGACUCUCGCCCUGGCAAAGGUGGAUGUGGCCUUGUAUUCCAGGAAAUGGAUGAGAAUGAAGAUAAGGAGCAAAACCAACAGAAGCCUGAGACCUUGCGAUCUAGAAGAAGACGAAGCUGGAUCUGGAACCAGUUCUUUGUCAUCGAGGAGUAUGCCGGCCCUGAACCCGUGCUCAUCGGAAGGCUUCACACCGACAUGGACAGAGGUGAUGGACGUACUAAGUACGUGCUGCGGGGCGAGGGGGCGGGGUCAGUUUUCGUGAUUGACGAGAAGACAGGCAACAUCCAUGUUACCAAGCCCUUGGACAGGGAGGAGAAGGACGAAUACCGGCUGAUUGCCACGGCAACAGACAGUCAGACAGAGCGUGCCCUGGAACCUUCCUCCCAGUUCAUCAUUAGAGUGCAAGAUAUCAACGACAACCCACCUGUCUUUGAGGACGGACCCUACAGUGCAGCAGUCCCCGAGAUGGCAAACAUAGGGACCUCCAUAAUCCAGGUUACGGCUUCAGACGCAGAUGAUCCCACUUACGGGAACAGCGCGCGGCUGGUGUACACGCUGGUUCAAGGGCAGCCGCACUUCUCUGUGGAUCCCCAGACAGGCAUCCUACGUACUGCUGUGCCUGAUCUGGACAGGGAAGCACAAGAUCAGUAUCUGGUGGUUCUACAGGCUAAAGACAUGGGCGGCCAUCUUGGAGGCCUUUCAGGAACAACGACGGUCACUGUGCGACUGACAGACGUCAACGACAACCCACCGCAUUUCACACAAAGUUCCUGGCUGUUCUCUGUGUCGGAGUUGGCCGUGCCAGGGGCGGAGGUGGGCCGGAUCUCAGCAACAGAUGCUGAUUUGGGAGACAAUGCCAAGCUGGAGUAUACCAUCCUUGAUGGAGAGUCAGGGGACACAUUUAACAUCACCGGAGCGAACCAAGAGGCUGUGAUCAUUCUGAACAAGGCGGUGGACUAUGAGAGCCGUAGCUCCUACUCUUUCUCAGUGGAGGUUUUGAACCCCAUCGUCGACCCUCGAUUCUUGCGGCGUGGGCCCUUUAAAGACCGUGCUUCCAUCAGAGUGGCCGUGCUGGAUGCAGAUGAGCCCCCUCGGUUCUCGAGGGCACGUUACAGAAUGGAUGUGUCAGAGAACUGCCCGCCGGCGUGCACAGUGGGGCGGGUCAGUGCUGUGGACCCAGAUACGGGGCUCACAAACAAUAUCAGGUUCUCCAUCGAUCCUCAGUCCGACCCGGAGGCUCUGUUCCGCAUCACUCCGGACACUGGGCUCAUCACUACGGCGACACAGCUGGACCGCGAGCAUGAGCAGUGGCAUAAUAUCACUAUCAUUGCCACACAGAGAGAUAACCCCAGUCAGGUGUCCAGAGUGGUGGUUGCUAUAGAAACACUGGAUCUAAACGACAACGCCCCAGAGCUGGACAGGCAGUACAACACAGCCAUGUGUGACUCCGCCUCUGCUGGACAGGUGGUUCAGGUGUUGCGGGCGAUUGAUAGAGACGAGGGAGGAAAUGACAGUGCCGUCCAUUUCAACAUCCCUCCGGACUCCAGCGCUGCCCUCAACUUUAGCAUCAGGGAAAGCGGAGGCCCCACUGCUAGUUUGGUGUUGACGUCGCCUUUGCAGACCCUGUCUCGCUCUGCAUCCUCCUCUCUCACUCUUUACGUCCCUUUGGUUUUGAGAGACGGGGUCUCCGGUUUGGCCAGUACGGGGACGGUCACUGUGUCUGUGUGUCCCUGUCUGAGAGGGGGUGCACGGGCUGGAGAAAAAGAAAAACAAAGUGAGGCGGAGUGGGACAGAGAGACGGUUUGUUUGCCCCAGCACUCCUCCCUGCCCUCCCCUGGACUCAGUACUGCCGCCCUGCUGGCUAUUCUAGCCUGUGUUGCUACUCUCUUGGCUGUCAGCGCUUUAUCUCUGUCCCUGCGCCGGCAGAAAAGAGACUCUCUUUCGCCAUUAGAAGAGGAUGAUGUAAGGGAAAACAUCAUCACGUAUGACGAUGAAGGAGGGGGCGAGGCGGACACGGCUGCGUUUGACAUCACAGCACUGCAGAGCGCCCCACAUAAUGCACGCAGAGGGUAUCGCACCCUGGACAGCAGGAACAUACGUUAUUCACAUCAGACCCAAGACAAAGCUUGUGCGUACAGCAGCUGGGUUCAAGCCGGAGCGCUGGACCCCGGGCAGUACAACAAUCAAGGACCCCCUCUGUAUGGACGGCUGUGCUACAGCAGCCAGACCCUGCCCGUGCUGCGUCCUUCACAUGAACGUGGAUUGUCGGAGCUGGCUUACCACUUCCCCGGAGGUCAACCGGACCACUCUCUCGUCAUACAGAACCAGACAGCUGUGGUUGGGCCUCUGGAACCUGGGGCCAUAUAUGCGGCCUUAGCAGAAGCUGGUCACUGCUCUAAAGAAGGGCCGGGGGUAUCGCAAGAAGGAGCAAAUACAUCUGAAGGUGGAACACCAAGAAAAAACGACUCGAAAGAGGAAUUGAGCAGUGACGCCCAGCAGAGUCAGAGUCAAAGCCAGGAUCUGGACUGGGUCCAGGCGGACACGGCGCCCCGUGAACGAGAGUUGGUGUUGACCCGAUCCGGAACGGUUGCUGGGACGGGCCCCGUGGGUGGGUGGAUGUGUGACUCCUCCACUCUUCCGAGAGUUGGGCGGCACCCCUCGCGGGCCAGUCUCGCACUAAACAGGAGCGGUACUGCAGAGGCCAGCCACGCUGGGGGUGUGGACGCCGCCAACGGAAGCACGGAAAUGCAGUCCGUCAGCGGCAAUUACGCCACUAUCCUGCAGGGGGAGCAGCAGAGGGACUACCCAGGGACUCUGGGCCGGAAAGGGCUGGAGAUGGGGAGGGGUUUUGUAGUGGGGAGGCCCGAGAGAGAAGGCAGCAUUCCCAUGAGUGGGAGCACAUGUGCUGGGAUGUACCCGGAGGGUGGAGGGUUCAUGGGAGACUGGCAUGAACGGUUGGGUAUGACGGGAUACCCACUGGGCAGGCGAGAUAUGACUCCCCACCUUCUUCCUUACCCCGGGCAGGGGCGGGGAGCGUUCGGGGGCAUCCUGGGUUAUGGUGGAGCUUGGCCCUCAGCACUUGAGGCAUCGGGACGGGGUGCCCCCGUAGGAGGGACUCACUCUCUGGCCCUCAGGGUCGGCGAGUUCCUGCGUCUACGGCUGGCACAGGUCACUUUUGACCCCUCGCAGCCUCCUUACGACUCGGUGCAGGUGUACGGGCUGGAGGGUACAGGGUCACGUGCAGGGUCGCUUAGCUCUCUGGACAGCGAGGGAGGGAAGGAGGCAGAGAAGGAGGUUUGGGGAGCGGGGCUGGAAGAUUGGGGCCCACAGUUCCAGAAACUAGCGCAGCUUUUCAGAGAGAAAGAGAAGGAGGGAGAAGAAGAUAAAGAGGGAGAUGCAGAGUCAAGCCAAAAGCACAAAGAGAGAGAACGGGAGGAGAAAGAGGAGCAGUCUGGAGAUGAGGAGCUGGCGAAUGUCUGAGAAAAAUAGAGCGAGAGAGACGGAGAGAGAGAGAGGCUGGGGUGGGACAGUGAUUAAAAGGCAACGAGAGCUAGAAUAAUGGAAAGAGAAAGGUAAGGAGGAAGAGAUGAAGUGGAAAGGUAAUAAGGGAAGACAAGGAAAAAUGAAUGCAGGAUAGGGAGAGAGAGAAGAAGGCAUUGGAGGGAGUGAUUGAUGUAAUUUGAAGCAAUAAGUGUUGAAAAGCUGAAGUGUGAGUAGAGAGACACUCGGAGAGCUUGAGUGUCUUUAUUCAACAUUCCUCAAGUGUGUUUGGCAAAGUGAAAAGCAAAGUUAACUGUAUUCUAGAUGGCAUUUAAUUACGAGAGCGAGCACACGAGAGAAAGAGAGAGAGAGAGAGAGAGAGAGAGAGAGUUUAACUUGUAUUUUUGUGGCAAGACAACGUCACCACUGUCAGUAACACAAGGAUGAAAAGAUGAGAAGUUCUGAAACUUCCUCAUGCGUUCCAUAACUUCUCACAGGAAAUUCAUGUUUGUACAGAAAUUGUUUAUACAUUCACAAAGCAAAAGAAUUGAAUUAUUCAGUCUAUUUCGUUUCAAAAGAAAAGCACUGAAUAUUACAGUCCGGUCCCGAAUACGUGUUUGCACAAAGAUUCUUACAUAUACGCACACAUUUUCACAGACAAAAACAAACAUCAAUUUCAAACCCUGCUUGAAAACUCUGCUUUGACUUUUUAAUGUGGCUUGUUUGUCAGGGUUUAAUGUGAUUCACACGUGUCGCCAAGAACAGAUUGUUUAGAAAGUUGCGAAAAGAUCACAAAAUUACAACACAGUGUUAAUAUUGUGCAACACGAAUACAUUGAGAGAUUUGAUCUGAAAACCCAUGAGGCUAAAAUCCCACACCGAAAGGUUAUGACGAUCUGCAACAGCUGACAGAUGUGCUUCAGCUUCAGUGCACUUUUAUACACGAUGUUUAAAAAGACAUAAAUGUUGUUGUUUUUUUAUUGAAAAAACAAAGAAACAUGAAAAUUGUUAUAUGUAAAUGCACUUAAAUGUAAAUAUUACUGAAUGCCAUUGUGACAAGUGACAACCGUACAGUACUGUAGUCUUCAAGUAACAAAACAAAACAUAAACUAAAUGAACAGCUAUGAAGGGGAACAUUAUAUAGAAUAGUGCAUUGAGAGGACCCGAUGCUACUGGAUAUAACUGGAAGACUCUGGAUUAAACUGUUGGAUUUAAACGUACUCUUCUCAAAAAGGGACAGUUGAAUUAAAUAUGAAAGAGGACCUGAAUUACCUGAAAAUGUGUAACUGCGCCAAGUCAUUUUUCCAUUCCUCAUUCAGGGUUGAGCACACGCUCUCACACCCUGAUGUCCCGAUUAAUCAUACUGUCUGUGGCCACAAGGACUCUGACUCACUGUGACUGGACUAAACCAGAACCACUGUAUCAUGCACAACCAUGCACACAGGUCGAGAGAGAACCAAUACAGGGGGCUUCACCCAAUUCAGACCCAACAAAUGUCAUGCUUGAUCCAAUAUAGGGCUUUUCACAUUCACACGUAACCCUGGGUUUUCUUCUUGGGUUCACCGACUAUUUUAGAAAGAUAGAAGCAAACUUAUUGGUACGCCCCCUUCUAAUGAGCAAGUAGUCAUUCGCAUGAGUACAAAUCGUAAUGCUACAGCAUAUUAUGAUAUUCUAGAGAAUUGUGUGCUUUUAAUUUUAUAGCAAUUUUAUGGGCAGGCCCUUUUCUAUUCCAAAAUGAAAAUGCCCCCGAGCACAAAGCACAGGAAGAACUUGAUGGGUCUGCAUAAAGCUCACGCUUGAACCCAGCUGAACACCUUGUACCAAACCCAUCAAUGACUUGUACACAGGGGUGCAGUCAUUUCAGAACAGAAAAGGGCCCUUCCAAAACUUUUGCAACAAAGAUAGAAGCAAAAUUCUUUAUUAUGCCAUUGUUGCUAUUUUGUAUGUACUUUUGUCCAUAUAGUGCAGUUUAAUCCUGGGUUAGGAAACUCUCCUACAAAGCAGGGUUAGUACUGCUUUUGGUAUACAGUUUGAAACAACGUGGUGCUAGAAUGUUAAAGUGCAUUGUUUAGCAAUGAAUAGCCAAUCAUAAACUUUCUUGGUGCUUACCUCAUUAAAUUUUCAUACACUUUGUACAGUUGCAGAAACUUUCACAUGCUUGUUUUAGCAUCUAAGAGAAAUGUUGGAAGGUGAUCAGUAAAUCUAUUGAUGUUUUUUUUUGGCUAUUUAAAGGAACAGUUCAUCCAAAAAUGACAAUUCUGUCUUCAUUUACUCACCCUCCCCUAGUAAAAAAACAAUUUAUUUAAAAUGCAUUUAUUUAAUGCUAAGUAUAGUUUAAAUGUAUUAACAUAUUUACUGACAUGACUGUCAGUAAAUAUAUUACUGAUAUAUAUAUUACUAUAAACAUAUUACUGAUAUAAAAUUAUAAUUAAACGUUAUUUGGAGAACCAUUUAAACACAAUGCACAUUUCUUCCUAAGCCUGUGUUUUAAUAAAAAUGUGUUCUAAUGUCACUUUUGAUAAGGAUUUUAUGCUUUUUUUAAUAAAAUCAAUCUUUCAGUGCAAGAUAUUUAAAGUGUACCUGAAGCAUACUUGCAAUAGUUCCACUUUAGCACAAUCAAAUACACUUAAAUGUAUCUUUAGUUGGACUUCAGCACUAUUUCUGCACAAUUCAAAUAUAUUAAGUACAAAAUUAGUUGUAAUUUAGCAGACUUUAAGUAUACCAAUUUAGUAUAUCACAAAUACAAUCGCAGUGUAUUUUCAUUAAGUACAUAAGAUGUGAAUGGAUUUGCAGUAUACUUAGCAUAAAAUAAAUGUAUUUCAAAUACAUUUUAGUAUAUUUAUUUUUCACUAGGGUCAAGUUGUUCCAAAUCUGUAUAACACCGUGUCUACACCGGACGCGGCGCGAUGCAACACGACGAUAGAACGCAUUAGAACUCUUAAUCAUUUUAAAUCCCAUUAGAACAAGCGUGUCGUGUUGUGUCGCGUCCGGUGUAGACACAGUGUAAAUUUCUUUGUUCUGAUGAACACAGAGAAAGAUAUUUGGAAAAUGCUUGUAACCAAACAGUUACUGGUCACCACUGAUUACCAUAGAUUUGGAAUAACUUUAGGGUGAGUUAAUGAGGAAAUUAUUUUCAUUUUUGGGUGAACUGUCCCUUUAACCGAGUAAUAACAACAUUUCUUGGUCACCAUUGACUAGCAAAGAAAAAUUUUGAAGAAUUUAGGAAAUCAAACCGUUCUGAGGCACUUCUGACUACCAUUGUAAUUUGCUCUACCAUGGUAGUCAAUGGUGGUUGGUUACAAGCAUUCUUCAAAAUAUCUUUCUCUGUGUUCAUCAGGAAAAAAACAUUCAUACAGAUUUGGAACAACUCGAGGGUGUGUACAUGAUUUUUUGGGGGGGUGAACUGCCCCUUUAAAUCAGCCAGCAUGAAUUUUCAGUCAGUGUGUCAUUUUAAGAGAUCACGUGUUUAUUAACACUGGUCAGGGUGCACUAUGCAGUACAUCAUUGUUUUUGACCUCAUUAAUAUGCAAAUAAAAUUGUUAACCCAGGAUUAACGAAUGUACAGUGUGAAACUAUGACGCCUGAAUACCUAGGAAAGUCGUACCUUGAAAGUCGUAACCGUGCAAAGCAUAGAACAAGAUAACCCAGGAUAACUUGAUCCAGAGUUAGGAAUGACCCUGGUUGAAUAAUUUCAAGUGUGAAAAGCCAUUUGUGGUCUUCAAUGAAAUAUAUAAGAUAUGUCUGUUUAAUUGUAUGGUAAAAAGUGUAACAAAUGAAUCCCUAUUAACGAUCCUUUUUGAAGUCACCCUCACAAAACUGUUUCUCUUUGUGGAACAAUAAAAAAUGCCUCUUUUUCAUUCCAUGGGUUUAUCAGGUGUUUAGGUCAGUUGUAAAUUGGUUUGGGGUAUUACUGCAUUAAUCCUCGUUUCUGCCUUCUUGGACUGCAUUGUUCCAGCCCCAAGUGGGGCUCAGUUGGUACGGAAGAUUUCACAAUGGCGUGUACUAAAUCAAAUGUAUUUAUUAUGUUGUAUUUUUUCUUUUUUGUAAAUUUGAAUAAAGACAGUAUGUUUUGAGGUGGUGUGU